AAAAUGAAAUUUUUAAAAAAAAUUUUGUGUGUACACUUGUAUGUGUGUGCAUACGCACCAAGGUGCAAGUAUGGAAGUUAGAACAACUUGAAGUCAGUUCUAGGGAUCAAACUCAGGUUGUCGGGCUUGACUAUAAGUGUAUUAAUCUGUGCUGUUAGUACCUUCACCCAUCUGUCUAGACCCCACUUUUUAAGUUACAUAAGUUGAACAUUAAGGAUCUUCAAAUAUGAUUGACUGGACUUCCUAGCCCUCAUAGUUAGAAUUGGGUAUCAUGUUAUUUUCCAGUUAAAAAAAAAAAUCACUGGUACCUGGGCCCCACGUGGUAGAAGGAGGGACUGUGUGGUCGUCAGUCCUCGACCUCUCCCCCUCCCCAUAAAAUGUAACAACGUUUUUUAGAUUCUCAACAUUACCAUAAUGAAAAAAAAUGGCUCCUGAGUUUUCAAAAUACAAAGUGAGCUUCUUUUAUUUGUCUGACACAGGGCAUGUGUAGCCAGGGUUCCCAAGUUCUAGAAUACAGAUGUUUUUGUCCCUCUUGAAGGUGGCAGAAAGCCUAAUGAAAAAGCAUUUUCAUUAGAACAACAGCUGAGGCAGCAUGCCAGGAAGACGGAAUCUGAUUUCCUUGGCCAUAGUUCACCCCUUCCUCUGCUCCCUCAAGACAGUGCUGGCCUGGCAGGAAAUGGGUCUGAGUAGAGUUUUCUGUUAGUCUUACUGUGUACAACACCUUCCUGCAGGUCAGGAUAGGAUUUUAGGUCCGUUUCAGGAGAGAAAGUUCUUGGGACUAAUAAAACAUGUAACUUUGGUCAAGCUUUCACAAAGCAGAAAGUUAUCUUUAAAUGACAUUUGGACGGCCGUGUUUUUUGUUGUUUUUCCGAGACGGCUUCUCUGUACAGUCCUGGCCAUCCUGGAACUCGCUUUGUAGACCAGACUGGCUUUGAACUCACAGAGAUCCCUCUGCCUCUGUUGCCCUGCUCCCCGCCCAGUGCUGGGAUUAAAAGCGUGCGCCAACCACGCCCAGAUCUUGUUCGUUUUUUUCUAAAUAACCUGAAUUUGAAAUGCAAACCCAGUUAUUUCCAUUAAAACAGGCUAGUUAUACUGAUCCUCUAUGUUUUCUUCUAGCGGUUUUACAGAUACUCUGGCAAACGUUAAAGCUGGAGGUCGGCUUUUGGCAUUAAAACUUCUUGCACUUGUUGACCUGCUGCAUCAAAAUUCCAGACAUUUUGGUGGUGGACAACAGUGAUGUAUAUAAUGUAUGUAAAAGGCCCUUUCCCCUAUUCUUAAUACACUGCCGAAUAGGUUGACCACAUACCCGAGGCAGCCUCCUUUUCAUAUUUUGCAGAUAUUAAUGCUCCCGUAAGUGAAGCCACAGGGAAGCAAAUUAACUCGAUUUGGGGAAUCCCGCAUCAGGGCCUAAUUUUUUUCCAGGACCUUCCAGAGGUUCCACGCUCUUCAAAGUCUUACAUAGCCCAAGCUGUUCUCAAAUCCCUAUGUCGCCAUGGAUAUCCUUCAAUUUACACUCCCGCCUCCACGAACCCAAGACUUCGUGCAUGCUAGGCAAGCACUCCUUACCGAACCACAUAACCAGCUCAAACUUACCAUUUUAUUUAAGGAUAAUUUACCCAGCUGUCUGACAGCUGGGAUGAGAAGAGAACCGCGAAGGCGCAGCUUCCGGUUUUUACCAGGAUAGCUCCCCAAAGUCAGCAUCUUGCAAAAGCUGCUGGUGUCCCAAGAAAAGCUGCUCGGGCCAGGAAAGGUGCUGGUCGAAUGCCGGAACCUUUGGUUCCAGGCGGUGCAGCGACCCGGCAGCACCAAGGAUCUUCCGGGGAGAGAAGUGGGCGCAUCGCCAUGGCGGUAGCCCCGUUUUUGAAGCAUUGGCGUACCACUUUUGAGCGGGUGGAGAAGUUCGUGUCCCCGAUCUACUUCACAGACUGUAACCUCCGCGGCAGGCUCUUCGGGGACAGGUGCCCGGUAACACUUUCCAGCUUCCUAACGCCGGAGAGACUUCCCUACGAGGAGGCGGUGCAGCAGGACUUCAGCCCUGCGCAGGUCGGCGACAGCUUCGGACCCACAUGGUGGACCUGCUGGUUCCGGGUAGAACUGGUCAUCCCAGAAGCGUGGGUGGGUCAGGAAGUUCAUCUUUGCUGGGAAAGUGAUGGAGAAAGCCUUGUCUGGCGUGAUGGGGAACCUGUCCAGGGUUUGACCAAAGAGGGUGAAAAGACCAGUUAUGUCCUAACUGAUAAGCUGGGAGAAGGAGACCCUCGGAGCUUGACCCUCUACAUAGAAGUGGCCUGUAAUGGGCUUCUGGGGGCUGGGAAAGGGAGCAUGAUUGCAGCCCCUGACCCUGAGAAGAUGUUCCGACUGAGCCAGGCUGAGCUGGCUGUGUUCCAUCGUGAUGUCCACAAGCUCCUGGUGGACCUGGAGCUGCUACUGGGCAUGGCCAAGGGCCUCGGGGAAGACAACCAGCGCAGCUUCCAGGCCCUGUACACAGCCAAUCAGAUGGUGAAUGUGUGUGACCCUGCCAAGCCUGAGACCUACUCAACAGCCAAGGCCCUGGCCUCCAAGUUCUUUGGCCAACAUGGAGGUGAAAGCCAACAUACCAUUCAUGCCAUGGGGCACUGCCAUAUUGAUACAGCCUGGCUUUGGCCCUUCAAGGAGACUGUGCGGAAAUGUGCCCGGAGCUGGUCAACAGCUGUAAAGCUCAUGGAGCAGGACCCUGAGUUCGUCUUUGUCUGCUCUCAGGCACAACAGCUCCAGUGGGUGAAGAACCACUACCCUGGCCUGCAUGCUCGGCUCCAGGAGUUCGCCUGCCGUGGACAGUUUGUGCCUGUGGGGGGCACAUGGGUAGAAAUGGAUGGGAACCUUCCCAGUGGAGAAUCCAUGGUGAGGCAGUUCCUGCAGGGCCAGAACUUCUUUCUGCAAGAGUUUGGGAAGGUGUGCUCUGAGUUCUGGCUGCCAGACACAUUUGGAUACUCGGCACAGCUCCCCCAAAUCAUGCGUGGCUGUGGCAUCAAGCGCUUUCUGACACAGAAACUGAGCUGGAACUUGGUCAACUCCUUCCCACAUCAUACCUUCAUCUGGGAGGGGCUGGAUGGCUCCCAAGUGCUGGUCCAUUUCCCACCUGGAGACUCAUACGGAAUGCAGGGCACUGUGGAGGAGGUGCUGAAGACCGUGACCAACAACCGGGACAAGGGGCGGACCAACCACAGUGGCUUCCUCUUUGGCUUCGGGGAUGGGGGUGGUGGCCCCACACAGACCAUGCUGGACCGCUUAAAGCGGUUGAGCAAUGCUGAUGGGCUGCCCAGGGUGCAGCUGUCGUCUCCUGAACAGCUCUUCACAGCACUGGAGAGAGAUUCGGGACAGCUGUGCACGUGGGUUGGGGAACUCUUCCUGGAACUGCACAAUGGCACCUACACUACUCACGCCCAGCUCAAGAAGGGGAACCGGGAAUGUGAGCAAAUCCUUCAUGAUGUGGAGCUGCUGAGCAGCCUGGCCCUAGCCCGCAGUGCCCAGUUCCUAUACCCAGCUGCCCAGCUGGAGCACCUCUGGAGGCUCCUACUGCUCAACCAGUUCCAUGAUGUGCUGACUGGAAGCUGCAUUCAGCUGGUGGCAGAAGAUGCCAUGAGCUACUAUGAAGACAUCCGUUCCCAUGGCAACACACUGCUCAGUACUGCAGCCGCGGCCUUGUGUGCUGGGGAGCCAGGUCCUGAGGGCCUCCUUAUUGUCAACACGUUGCCCUGGAAGCGCACUGAAGUGUUGGCAUUGCCCAAGCCUGGUGGGGCUCACAGCCUAGCCCUGGUGACAGUGCCUAGUGUUGGCUAUGCUCCUGCUCCCACCUCACUGCAGCCCCUGCUGCCCCAGCAGCCUGUGUUUGUGGUGCAGGAGACUGAUGGUUCUGUGACUCUGGACAAUGGCAUCAUCCGGGUGAGACUGGAUCCAACUGGCUGCCUUACUUCCCUGGUCCUGGUGGCUUCUGGCAGGGAGGCCAUUGCAGAGGGUGCCCUGGGGAACCAGUUUGUGCUGUUUGAUGAUGUGCCGUUGUACUGGGAUGCAUGGGAUGUCAUGGACUAUCACCUAGAGACACGGAAGCCUGUGCGGGGCCAGGCAGGGACCCUGGCAGUAGGCACUGAAGGUGGCCUUCGGGGCAGUGCCUGGUUCCUGCUGCAGAUCAGCCCCAGCAGUCGGCUCAGCCAGGAAGUUGUGCUGGACAUUGGUUGCCCCUAUGUCCGCUUCCACACUGAGGUGCAUUGGCAUGAGGCCCACAAGUUCCUGAAGGUGGAGUUCCCUGCUCGCAUACGGAGCCCCCAGGCUACCUAUGAGAUCCAGUUUGGGCACCUUCAGAGGCCUACCCACUAUAACACCUCUUGGGACUGGGCUCGAUACGAGGUGUGGGCCCAGCGCUGGAUAGAUCUGUCUGAGUGUGACUUUGGGCUGGCCCUGCUCAACAACUGCAAGUACGGAGCAUCAGUGCGGGGCAACGUCCUCAGCCUCUCACUGUUGCGUGCACCUAAGGCCCCAGAUGUUACUGCUGAUAUGGGGCGCCAUGAAUUCACCUAUGCCUUGAUGCCACACAAGGGUUCCUUCCAAGAAGCUGGUGUUAUCCAUGCUGCCUACAACCUCAACUUUCCUCUGCUGGCCCUGCCAGCUCCAGGCCCAGCGCCUGCCACCACCUGGAGUGCCUUUUCUGUAUCUUCACCCGCAGUUGUAUUGGAGACUAUCAAGCAGGCUGAGAAGAGCCAUCAACACCGCACACUGGUUCUAAGGCUGUAUGAGGCCCAUGGCAGCCAUGUGGACUGCUGGCUAUACACGUCUUUGCCCAUUCAGGAGGCCAUCCUUUGUAAUCUCCUGGAGCAGCGAGACCCUACUGGUCACUUGUCCCUUCGUGACAACCGCCUGAAGCUUACCUUUUCUCCCUUUCAAGUGAGGUCCCUUUUGCUGGUGCUUCAGCCUCCACCAAACUGAGUCAUGUUGUGGAAAGCUUUGGGAACUGCUCAUUUCCACCUCCCCAUCCCAAAACAAGCAUCUUGUGCAAUAAAUGCUUAGAUUAGCA